AAUCGGAGCCUCCUACAGUCCUGCUAAAGUGAAAGAGAAGUAGAGGCCACCGCACCGCACCGACUGAUGAUCAAGUCAGAAUAGUACCAAGGUUCUUGGAACGAGGAUUUUCUACUUCGUUAAUCAAAUGUUGAGUACGAGAGAUAUGAUAUUAAUAUGAGACCUCACUUCAUAAUCAUAUGAUUCACAACAACCACCAUCAUAUUGCUUCUCUCUCACGAAAAUGCAAAACCUUAAACCAGCUCAAGCAGAUCCAUGCCCAUCUUCUCAAAUCGUCUUCCCCGGAAAACCCUUUUGCCCUUGCCUCUGUGCUUUCUGCUGCCGCUACCUCCGGCCACGCUUCUUUCUUUUCCUACGCUCGUUCAAUCUUCGACCAUCUUCGCCAUCGAAGAAACGUCUUUAUGUACAACUCUAUGAUCAGAGGGUUCGUUGGAAUGCGUGCGCCGCUGGAUUCUGUUUUAUGCUAUUUGGACAUGUUGGCUCAUGGGCUUGCUGCUAAUCACUAUACAUUUCCGCCAUUGAUGAAAGCUUGUACGAUUCUCGUAGCCCCGGGUUCGAAGCUAGUUAUUGGUCGUUUGGUUCAUGCCCAUGUUGUUAAAUUUGGUUUUCGUGAGGAUCCUUUUGUGAAUAGCGCUCUUAUUGAGUUUUACUCUUCGGUUUAUGAAAUGGAACUUGCUCGGUUUUUGUUCGACAAAUGUCCUAAGAAAGAUGUCGUUUUGUGGACGACGAUGAUUGAUGGAUAUGGGAGAAUGGGUGACGUUAAGAAAGCGCGUGAGUUGUUUGAUGAAAUGCCUGAGAGAAAUGCUGUAUCUUGGAGUGCCAUAAUGGCUGCUUAUUCUCGUUUGAAUAACUUCAAAGAGGUCCUCUGUUUAUUUGGGAAAAUGCAAGAAGCAGCUAUUAGGCCUAAUGAAUCUGUUCUUGUUACAGUUCUUACUGCUUCUGCUCGUCUUGGUGCUGUAACACAAGGACUAUGGAUCCACUCCUAUGCCAAGAGGAACAAGCUCAGCUCGAAUCGGAUCCUGGCCACAGCUUUGGUUGAUUUGUAUUCAAAAUGUGGCUUACUAGAGUCAGCUUUAGCAGUUUUUGAGGGAAUUUCCAGUAAGGAUGCAGAAGCUUGGAAUGCUAUGAUUACUGGCCUCUCCUUAAAUGGGAAUGCAAGGAAGUCACUUGAUUUUUUUGAAAAAAUGACUGUAGAUGGGAUUCAACCUACAGAGACCACAUUCAUUGCUGUUCUUACUGCAUGUACGCAUGCACAAAUGGUUAAUGAGGGCCUUAAAUUGUUCAACGAAAUGAGCACCAUCUAUGGAGUAAAACCUCAGGGGGAGCACUAUGCAUGUGUUGUUGACCUUCUGGCUAGAGCAGGAAUGGUAGAAGAAGCUGAAAAGUUCUUAGAAGAGAAGAUGGGGGGACUGGCUGGGUGGGAUGCAAAUGUUUGGGGAGCUUUAAUUGGUGCUUGCAGAGUUUAUGGGAAGGUUGAAGUUGGCAACCGUAUUUGGAAAAAGCUAGCUGAUAUGGGAAUUUCUGAUUAUGGUACUCAUGUACUUUCUUAUAAUAUGUAUAGAGAAGCUGGUUGGGAUAUGCAGGCAAAGAGAGUCAGAAAAGUGAUUUCAAAAGCUGGAAUGUUGAAGAAACCAGGAUGCAGUGUGAUAGAGGUAAAUGGUGUGGUUGAAGAGUUCCUUGCUGGUGAUCAAUGCCAUCCCCAAGCACAUGAAGUAUUUAAGUUACUUGAUUCUUUUUUCAAAAUAAUUUAUUUGGAGGAUGUAAUGUCACGCGAUUUUUCCUUGGAUAAUUUAUAGUCACAAAGUACAAUUGUUUGCUCAGCAAGCGUUUUGGGUUGAUACUGCACAAAAUAUUUGCAUAAA